AUGAAUAUUAAAUAAUUGUUUGAACUUUAAGAAUAAGAUGCUGACAAAUUGCCAUUGUUAUUACAAACAAUAUCACAUUCCAAGAAUGAGGAACACGUCCGUAAAGCAAUAAAUAUAAUUCAAUAAUUCAACCAGGCUUUCAAUGCUAAUCAAUAACUCAGUAUUAUUGACUUUAUCAAUGAAAUCAAAAAGGAAUACGAUAUCGCCAUAGACAUCAAAUUGAUAUCCACAUUGCUUCACAUCAUUGAUAUUAACUGGAUGCCGAAUUGUACAAAAGUAUUUUAUUUUAAAUAUACCCAAAAAAAUAGCUUUUCAAUUUAUUCCUAACGUACACAGUCUCAGAAAACUCUAUAGUCUAAUAAUCUGCUAUCUAGGGAAUACUCUUAAUCGUCUCACUUAUACAAGGAGAUUAAUUAUUAGAGUAUUUGGAAAUUUUCUUCUUAAUCCUCCAAGACAAAAAUUAAACAAAAAUCAACAGCAGCCUAAACACCAUCUUUUGCAAGGAUAUCUUCAUAAUUCUGCUAAAAAAUGGUAGAACACUCAAGAAUUAGGAAUUCUACACAUCCAAACUAUAUCAUUAUUUAUUAUCCUUAGACAUAUCGAUGCAAUCAAAUCAAUUAUCAAGUAUCAACUGCUAAUUAACUUAGAAAUUAACUCAAUUUUUGUGAUAUCAAACUACAUACUCAUGAUGGAAGACCACAUCUAAUUACUAGACUAAAUAAUCAAUUUAUACACAAAAUCACAAUAAAAGGACAUUUUAAAAAUUGCUAUUCACGAUGCUUUAUUGUAACUAUAUCAAAAUGA